CAACUUCCCAACUCGUCUCGUGUUCCGACAACCCGUUUCGUUUUCCCCCGUUUCCAUUUCCAGGAUUUGCUUCCCAAACUGGCAUCCGACCAUCCGACAAACCGCCCAGGAUGGGGCAUGCUUGGCUCGACUCCCUCUCGGAGGACUGGCCCUCCCAGCCUGGCUCUCUAGCCUCGGACGCGUCCCAGUUUGCAAAGAAGCUGGACAGCCAUCAGCGGUCACAGUCGCAGUCGCAGUCGCAGUCGCAAUCCCAAUCUCGACCCGCCACCGCUCACAGUCGCAAUUUAUCCCAAGCAGACUCCGCGACUUCCCAAAGCAGGAAAAAACCUCCAAAGACCCCUCCGAGCCGAAUCCCUAGACCGAAUUCGAGUCGAACGAGUGCCAACAACAGCAUCCUACCCGAUGAUCGCCGCAACAGCAACACCGCUUCCAACCCUGCAUCGCGCCGUGGCUCGACCAAGUCCCUCGGCGAUAGAGUUCGCGACCGCCAACGAGCCAUUGACGCCCGAAGUCGCACCGCCUCCGUAGCCGAAUCCGUCCAGUCUGCCGGCUCCGUCAUCCACAACACUGUUAAUCGCAAGGAAGUGAAUGGCUCGCCAGGGAGGAAACAGGAUACUCCAGAGUGGAAGAGACGUUUGGUAUACCGAGAGCUUGAUUAUGGCGAAGCACCCGACUUGUUUACUUCGGCUGGUGCAAUCCUCGAAUCCAUCUUCAAGCCACCACCACCACCACCACCACCUCCUCCAGCUGCGUCGAACAUGAAUGCGGCGGACACCCAUACGAAUGCGGAUACGCGAAACGGCCGAGGUUUCGAAUCCCAGUACGAGUCGCAAGCCGAAUCCCAUGUCGAAAUUACGUUGCCUUCGAGCCCGCCCUUUCUGGGCAGAGAACGGGACCCUUCAACCGUCGAGAUACAUGUGGAUGAGUCUUUCCAAUCGCUUCCCCCAAUACCUAAGGAGCAAGAGGAGGAAGUCGAAGAGGAACAACAAGAGCAACAACGGCGCACAAUACCAGAAAUACGGUACCGACGGGCUACCGAUUCCACUGACCCCAGUCAAGGAUCCGAGUCCAGUUUCCGCGCCUCUACUAGCCAGCAACAGACCUACCCCAAGGUCCGGUCAGGCACACCAUCCACCUCCGCCUCGUCCCAUCUUGGAAACCUCAGCGCUGGAUCGCGUCAGGCAAGCGGCCAGAGCGUCUUGCGCCAUGAGGAUUUCAGCCCGAUCCUACUCACUAUGCACGACGAGGGCGAGGGCAACUCGAGUUUUGUGCCGGAUAUUUCCCCAGACGAGCUCCGAUACCGCCUUGAAACUCUUAGAAAGAAUCAGUUGCGCAUGGCCCGUUCUGGCAAGAGCGAUUCCGGAGGUAGUGUCUCGGGGAAGAGCGAGUCUGGAAAGAGCGAGGCUGAGGCUGCCGAGACGGGUGGUUCGUCAAGAAGCGACAACAAGGCAGGCGACACUAGCAACACCUCCAAGGACUACGAAAAGCUGGGAAGCUACAUCAACGUCAGAAGAGGUGGCCGAUCUGCCGACGGAUCAUUCCAGAACCACAUGUUGAGCUCAGCAUUGAACGAUAUCUCGGAUCUCAAUCCAGAGGAGUCUCUUCAAGCUAGCACCCCCAAGCGCUUUCCCUCGGUCAAGAUCGAGAACUGGGAUGACUACGAGCACGUUCCUGCACAGGUCUCUGGCCACAUCUCCGACGAAAUUUCUCCCCGCACCAGACCUGCAGUUCCCCGAAUCCCUAAUCUCAGCGUAUCCACGAAGCGCGUACCAUCUUCACAGCAAGGGGCCGGCAGCCCUUUGAAGCUCUUCCAGCCCUACGAUACCUUUACCAGCGAGAUUCUGCAAAGACGACUCAGUCAAUAUCACGACGACACCCCGGGUGAACAGGCUUCUUCUGGACAGCAAACUGGAGAUGAGUCUCCAGUACACGUUUCCUACAUGGACUCUGGAGGCUAUUUAUCACCACCCAAGACCCACACGCGUCGAGGACAGGAGACGGGUCAACGCAAGGCCUCGGUUGCAGUCAACCAAUUUGGAGCUGGGGUCUUGGAUGGAUACGAGUUUCAGGACGAUUUCUCGUACCAGUCGGUUGGCGCAUCCGGCAUUGAGGGUGACAAGGAAAACCAGGGUCCAAAUGACGAUUCUCAGCCAGAACCCCGGAUCCCUGUCGUCGACUUCAGCCGUCCUUCUUCGCGCUCUGAAGCCGACGCCGGCGACGACGCUGAUGCGAGCAACUCUUCGGUGCGUAGGAAGCGCCAAAAGCCCGCUGACUCGGGUUCAUCGAAGCGACAUUCUAGGAUGGGGUCAAGCAUGGCGCAUAAGAAACGUCAUGCUUUCACCCAUAUCCCCGCUACGUUUGCAACGCCAAGCAAGCGACGAUCAGACCCAGCCCCCGAGUUCAAGCGGCCGCGCACUUCUCCGUCAAAGGAUCCGACCCCUAAACGACGUAGGACUCUGCAUGAGUCGGACAUCGAAUUUGGACUGCAAGAUAUCUCUCCCUCUCCGGAAACGCAGUCCAUGAAGCUGUCGUACCAACAGAUACAGGCUGCUAUCGAGAAGCGGCGCAAAGAAGUACACGCUGAAAAACAUCGCGAACAGGUUGAGCCUGGUACGCCCUCGGGCAAAGAUGUGCCGAGACCACGCACGCCGACACCUCUCCAGAGAUCGUCUCUUCAGAAGGACGGAAAGAAGGGAAGGCCGCCUUUAACGGAGCUCAUCACAAAGCCAUCCAGUCGUCCUACUAGGCCGUCAUCCAAGGCGUCUUCUAAGGGCCGCACGCCCAAGAAACAUGGCGGACCAGGGUCGGCAAUGAACACCGACCGCAAACCUUCCAUCAAAACCGAGGAUUUCCUCAUCGAAGCCAACAAGAUCAUGGCCAUGAUUCGCAAGAAUGCCGCCAGCGGUCUAACUAGUGUUGAGGAGUCGGAUGAGUAUGAUUCUCGCCAUGAUGCAGAUGGGGAAAGCUCCUAUGAGGAGUCCACUCAGGAAUCGUUCCUGCGUCCGCCCAGCCGCGAGGGACGCCCGCCUUUGACGCGCAGACCAACCAAGCAGGAAGAUCCCGUCCUUGCAGAGCGUCUCAAACAGUAUGAGGAAGCAAGCGAUAUGGGCGACAUCAUGGGCUCGUCUCUGCGUUCGGCUGCCCUGCACCGGCAAGGCUUUGGUACUGUACGGCAGGAUGAAAAGCAUCAUGCAGGCAAGAAGGGUGGACCUGUGUUGCCCAACUUUAGGGAAGACGGUGUCAUCAGCGACCCGCCAAACAUUCGCAUCUCCUGGAACCCAGCGCUCAAGACCAAGCUGUCGCAUGAAAACGUUGAGGAUGGAAGGCAUACCCAGUCCGAGUCUGAUAACUACACGGGACGGUCAUCUCACACCACCUCGUCCAAGGGCUCCGAUAGUAGAAAGACGAUUGCGCCGGAAAGUGUACUGCAUCUUAUUCCAGACCGAGUCGGCAACAUGCGUCCAUCUAACGGGUUCAUGGGCAGCAGACAAAAUAGUUUCAUUGCCUCGGAGGUGAGCGAAGAUGACCCGUUCGCUGACAUUCCCGAUCUCACCGUGGACAUCACGGAGGAAUUGGAAAAGUUGCGGCUCACGACCAACCAGCGGGGGCAGGAGCACGAGCACGAGCAGGAUGAUGUCGACCUGGACCAAGCAUCGGAUGUCGCGGCACCUUUUGGCGAUGACGAUUUCCUUAACUCGGAACCGCAGUGGCAGCCAACCGGGAGUCGCAAAGACUCUGACACGUCGAACCCUGGCAAGAAAAACAAGCCAGCCAGAACUGACGAACAGCGCGACGCAAAGCCCUCGUUGCAGUCACCAACCACGGCGGCGGGCACAGGUACAAGCAGCACAGGAGUCGAUGUCGAACAUGAAAUUGGGAUAUACGAGGACCGAGUAAGCAACAUCCCACAAGCAGCCCGGCCCAGACGUCUCACGAUCAGUUUCUCAUCACCUAUUGCGUCUAUUAUCCAGGACAUCCAGGAAGUAGCAGACGACGUUGACUCCGAUGCCGACGCCCCGAGCGCGCUAGGACUAACAACAGCGUCUAGGUCACGCAGCCGUUCACGAGGUCCGCCGCGUCACUUGUCCGUCAAAGGCCAGACGUACAUGGCAAGACCUGUUUCACGGAUUGACGAGCAUGAUGAAGAAUCCAGUAAUGCUAAUAAGAACAGCUUCCCAUUUCAUGGUCAUGGCCAGCCGCCGUUAUUAUCGCCACAACCUCAGGGUAUGGAACUCAGCAUCGUUGCUGCUGAUACAUCAAUGGUCAACCAAGACGACCACGAAGCCCAACAACACAACAGCAUUUCCUUCCUGGUGGCAACACCCGCUCACCAUCUACGACCAUGCUCCAUGUCCGGCGCUGACCCGGCUCACAUCAUCGGCCAGUAUGUCGGCACCUUCUCUCUCAGCCCCCUAUCGGACUUCACCAUCCACCCUCCCGACGAGUCGUCAUUGGCUCUUGAAGCAAGUUACGUUAUUGGCAACCACCACCUCGUCACCGGCGACCACCACUCCCGUGGCCGCUCUAUGUCCAUGUCUACCCGUGACCUCGUCGCCAAGCUCACCGAAGUCGAGCCCUUUGAGCCCUACUGGGAAGAUAUGCGCAACCUCUGCCUUGCGCACAAGCGUUUGGAAUCCCUGCAUGCUCUCGAUGAGUUCUGUGGCCGUCUCGAAUCCCUAGACGCCAGCCACAACGAGAUUAGGAACCUCACCGGCGCUCCGUCCACUACUCGCUUCCUCAAGAUGACCAACAAUCAGCUGUCAAGCCUGACGGCGUGGGGACACUUGACCAACCUGCAGUAUGUGGAUAUCUCCAACAACCGAUUGACGAGCCUGAAUCCGUUCAAGCAGUUGGUGCAUCUGAGGGAGUUGAGGGUGGACAAUAACCGUUUGGAGAGCUUGGAGGGGAUCAAGUUUCAUGAUGGGUUGCAGGUGUUGAGGGCGCGAGGGAAUUGCAUUGAGGAGGUGGACUUUGAUGGGGCGAGGCUGGUGCAUCUUACCGAGUUGGACUUGAGGGGUAACAAGAUUAAGAGGGUGGUGAACCUAGACCAGCUCCCGGUUUUGAGCUCGCUUAACCUCGAAGGGAACCAGAUUGACGUGUUUGAGGUUGGCUCGCCGGCCGCACUUACCUCUGGUUCCUCUCCCGUUUCUGAUCACGGUCAGGCCGUUAGUCCGUUGAGGUACCUUCAUCUCAACGAUAACUGUCUGAGCCAUCUGUCCAUCCACCACCUCCCCCAUCUACGACUCCUCCAUGCCGACCGUAACCGCCUCGUCCGCAUCCACGGCUUCUCCCGUGCUCGCCACCUCGACUCGCUCUCCCUCCGCGAGCAGCAAGGUCCCGAACCUCUCGACCUCGAUCACCUCCUCUCUCGGGCCUACGAAGUCCGCAAACUAUUUUUGUCUGGCAACUACCUAGGCAGCACCACCAACCCCAAGGGCGUUGAAGAGAGUGGUUUCAACCCUCCCAUCGAUCUGCUCAACCUGCAACUCCUCGAACUAGCCAACUGCGGCCUGACCAAAUUACCCGUGGACGUCGGACAGAUGAUGCCCAACCUGAGGGUUCUCAACCUCAACAUGAAUGCGCUUGAGGAUCUGUCGCCAUUGAGACAUGUACCGCGGUUAAAGCGGCUGUUCAUCUCCGGGAACCGAAUUAGGGAUUUAAGUUCGCUAGUUGACGUCCUUGCCAACUUUUCCUGCCUCACAGCUGUUGAUUUGCGAGGGAACGGACUAGUAAUGGGGUUUUACUCACCUGUUCAGGAACUCUGCAAAGGCAACACUAGCCUCGGCGGCAAGCAGGACAAACCCACCACCAACGCAGACGAGGAUGCACGGAAGGGACAGGAAGAAGCAGAUGGUGGUGGCCAGGAGCAGGAAGAAAACCACGAGAAUAAAGACCAGUGGACUCUCCCCUCGCAAACGCUCGCUUCCGAUAAAGCGUACGCGUCGAGACUUGAUCUGCAGACCAAGAUGCGGCGUAGGGUCUAUGAUCAUUUACUGGCUGAGAAGUGUACAAGGCUGAAGAAAGUGGAUGGUCUCCCGUUUGAUCGCGAUCAUGUCCUUUCUCUCAGGGACGAAGUCUGGAAAGCGUUGGUUGCUCGCGGGGUGUUUACAGUUCCGGGCCAGAGUCACGGUCAGAGUCACGGUCAGCAGACUCCAGCGGGCGCGAAUGCGAUUGCGGCUCCUGUUCCGGGUGCUUCCAGCUUUGGGUCAGCUGUAGGUUUUGGAUUCGGUAGUCCUACAACAGUGGUGGGUAGUGAUGCUGAAGGGCCGGGACACCUUCAAAGUCACGGUGUUGGUGGGAGGAGGCAGAGCAUGAGUAUGAGCAUAAACAUGAACAUGAGUCCUGUGGCUGGACGCGUCCCAGUCAACGGGCAGGGUCAGUCUCAGUCUCAGUCUCCGUACCAACAGCAGCAGCAGAUGACGCAAAAUGGAAGUCCGUCGAAUGUAAGAGGUCGUGGAGUUAAUGGAGUUAAUGGACGGCGGAAUGGCGGGGUGUUAAGAGAGGUGGACAUGAACGCUAAUGGCGGGAUGGGUGGUGUGAGCGGUGGUGGUGGUGGUUAUGGAAUGAAUGGGUGUCCUCCGAAUCAAAAUCUCAUGGGACAAAUGGGACAGAGAGAGACACAGGGCCAGAGCCAGAGAAGUGAAAGGGAAAUGGAAGAGAGGCUCAGACAGAUGCAGAGAGAGAGGGAGGAGAGGUGGUUGGCUGGUUGAGGAGUAAGUGGAGAGUUUCCUGCUGGGUGGAAUGGUGAAGCUGCACUGUUCGGUUUCGCUUUCUAUGAGGGGGGUUUCUGGCUGCUAUCGCUGGUUUCUUUUGUCGAAUGUCGAAUGUUGAUUGAUGACUGGAUGGAUAAAUGGAUGGAUGCAUGAAAUGUUUGUCAUGAACUGUCAUGAUU